GAUACCACCCCUGAUGAGCUGCUGUCUGCCGUGAUGACUGCUGUCCUUCAGGAUGUCAACCUGCGUCCUGAGGCCCUGGGAGACAUCUGUGUGGGAAACGUGCUGCAGCCUGGAGCUGGUGCUUUGAUUGCAAGAGUUGCACAGUUUCUAAGUGGCAUUCCAGAAACAGUGCCGUGCUCAAGUGUGAACCGGCAGUGCUCCUCCGGGCUGCAGGCCAUUAUCAAUAUAGCUGGUGGCAUCCAAAAUGGGUCCUAUGACAUCGGCUUGGCCUGCGGCGUGGAAACGAUGUCCCUCAGAAGUGCCAAUAACCCUGGCGAUAUCAGUUCCAGCAUGACUGAAAACAGCAAAGCUCGAGAUUGCCUUAUUCCCAUGGGAAUAACCUCAGAAAAUGUGGCAGAGAAGUUUGGAGUUUCCCGAAAGAAGCAAGAUGCCUUUGCCUUGGCUUCCCAACAAAAGGCAGCAAAAGCUCAGCAGCUGGGACUGUUCAAAACUGAGAUUGUUCCAGUGAAGACCACAGUUCUAGAUAACCAGGGCAACCGAAAAACCAUCACCGUGCACCAGGAUGAAGGGAUUAGGCCCUCCACGACCCUGGAAGGCUUGGCAAAGCUGAAGCCUGCCUUCAAAGAGGACGGUAGCACUACAGCAGGUAAUGCCAGUCAGGUCAGCGAUGGAGCAGCUGCUGUCCUCCUGGCCAAACGCUCAAAAGCAGCACAGCUGGGACUCCCAGUCCUGGGGGUGCUCAGGUCCUUCGCUGUGGUCGGAGUCCCGCCAGACGUUAUGGGCAUAGGACCAGCCUACGCGAUCCCUGCAGCGCUGGAGAAGGCGGGUCUGACUCUGAAUGACAUUGAUAUAUAUGAAAUUAAUGAAGCCUUUGCAAGCCAGGCCGUGUACUGUGUUGAAAAGCUCGAAAAAAAGGGGGGAGCGAUAGCACUGGGGCACCCACUGGGCUGUACCGGUGCUCGUCAAGUUGUCACUUUGCUCAAUGAAUUGAAGCGCAGAGGGAAGAGAGCGUACGGAGUGGUAUCCAUGUGCAUUGGAACAGGCAUGGGCGCUGCAGCAGUGUUCGAGUACCCAGGGAACUAA